CACAACUUGCUAAUCUUAUUGAGAAGCCUUAGAGCAUUCACACAACCUCCGAGAUCCCAUACGAGCAUUCACUCCAUAUCUCGAGCUUCACUUAUCCAAAUUAGGAGUGUGAGGUGUCUAAAGAAAGCUCUCAAGACGAGGAAUCCGGGAAAAUGCAGCCUGCAAUGAAUGAAGUAAUGGAAGGUCUCCAAAUCACCGAAGACAGACGCUACAUUGUAAAACGUAUUUUCCUCACUGGAGACAAUCGCUUUCUUUCUAGCAGAUCUAAUUCCUGCGAUUUCUCCAUCUGCGAUUUUGGAAUAUGCCGGCAGCGUUGCUUAUCAUAAGUACCAAAAGAGAGGAAACUGCAGUCUAUAUUAAUCUGGGAUGAUUUCACGUUUAAUUGCAGAGAUUUAUUCAGAGCCAAAACACGAGGUUGCGUGGGAGAAAAUCAAUGGGGAAGGAGGUUUACAGAAACCUUGUGAAAGGAGUGAAGAAACACAUCAGAAGGGAAGAGCACAAAGCCCAUUUCACCGACUUUAUAAUAGAGGAGUUCAGGACGAGCAACAAUACCGAAGCUGCUGUUGCUGCUGCUAAGAAGGGUCUUUCCCAGACUCAUCAAGAGGGUAGGUUAAAGCUUGCCAAAGAUUACACCUUCCUCCUCAAUAGUGUUCACCAUCAAAAGGACUUGCUCUUUUCUAAUAAAAUCUCAGUCAAUAGGUCUGAUGAGAUGAAAAGAGUUUUGAGAAAAUCUGCUGCCAGCGUGGGACUCCAACUUCCUGAAGCUUAUCACUUUAUCAGCCAUGACAGCUAGUUUGUGCAUGGAACUGGUGCAACACAGUCAACUGGUGUAGAACCUCUGAACCGACCAGAGAUAUUCUAAUAUGCUGUUAAGCUACUCCGUAUUAUAUUAAGAGAAUUAAGUUUAAUUUGGGAAAUUCUUUGAAGGGCAUAUUAGUUUGGGAAUUAAUAAUUUUUAUUACCUCCAUAUUCAAAUAGUUUCUCCAGGUCUCUCAAUAUUGGUUUUAUAGUUUUAUUAGGUUUAUUACUUUUUGUUUUUAUCCUUCGUAAAUGUUCACUCACUUCAUUUGAUGGAAAAUAGUAUGUGUUUGAUAUUGUUAAAAAAAGUAGAGAUGUUGUCGAUAAUCAUCUAUCAUAUUGACUUUUCUAACCAUUAUUUGCUUUCCCCUUUUAUCUAAUUCUAUGUGUGCUAAUAAUUUGAUGUUUUGUUUUAUAGGAAAAGGUUGUCAUGAGAAGGAUGAAAUAUAACAAAAUAAUGAAAGACGCAUGUCACGCUAAAUCUCCAGGCUACUUGAUGAGUUGUUAAUGCUGAAUACACUCAAUUCUAAGUUGAAUUUGAGUCUCCUGGUAAGCUGUGAUCCGAGAUAAAAGGCAUUCUGAGGCUGGAUCAUAACUUGGGAAGGUUAUCUAUCAGGCAUUGUCUUAGGGAGGCGAACUAUGUACACCGCCCAUUCUUUAGCAAAGUCUAGUUCUUAAAUUAGUAGCUUUAGUGCAUUUUUAGUAUUGCUAGUUUACUCUCAAACGUUUUAGGGGUUUGUUAGACUUUGGAAAUACCCCACGUACACUUGAGCUACUACUUAUUUUUGUUUUAGGGGUAAG